AUUGCCAUUCUUCAUUUUCCGCAUUACAGUACCCCCAUCACUUCGUCAAAUUCCGCAUUCACCACAUUCAUCAUCAUCAUCAUCAUCAUCAUCAUCAUCAUCUUGCUUUUGAUUCAUCACUUCUCGCACUCACUGUAAUUUGAUCCCAUUCCCCUCAAAAUCACCAUGCACUCUCUACUGCUAAGAAUGAUGCACUAAAGGAGACUGCAUUAGUUCUUCUGCUGAAGUUGUGGGAAAAUUUGUGUUCUGACUAAGAGCUAUUUUACUCAGAGAAUAGAGCGCUCAUUUUGUUCUAUCAAGAACUGAAGGAGGUUUAGGCCCAUGAUAUAUUGAUAUUUACCUGAACUAGGAAGACCAUGGCGCGAGCUUCACCAUUACUUAUAAUAUUUUUGGUUUUUGGUUCUUCCUUUGCCACAUAUAACCUGGUAACGAUGAUAAUCCGCUAUGGAUCUUCAGAAAGUGUGGCUACUGAUGAUGGUGCAUUAUUUUUUGACCCCAUUAUUGAGAUGCCUGACCAUGUAAAGAAUCGGAAGACGUCUAAAGCACCCUUUCAUGUUGCCUUAACAGCAACUGAUGCUCCAUAUAACCAAUGGCAAUGCCGCAUCAUGUACUACUGGUAUAAAAGACAACGGAAUUCACCUGGCUCUGAGAUGGGAGGAUUCACUAGAAUUCUGCAUUCUGGAAAACCUGACAACUUGAUGGAUGAAAUUCCUACUGUUGUGGUGGAUCCUCUUCCAGCAGGUCUGGACCGGGGAUACAUUGUUCUGAAUAGACCAUGGGCCUUUGUUCAAUGGCUGGAAAAAGCUAAAAUCGAAGAAGAGUAUGUUUUAAUGGCAGAGCCUGAUCACGUAUUUGUACGCCCUCUUCCCAAUCUGGCUUAUGGAGAAAAUCCAGCUGCUUUUCCGUUUUUUUACAUUAGGCCUGAUCAGAAUGAAAAAAUCAUAAGGAAGUAUUAUCCUGAGGAGAAAGGACCAGUAACAAAUAUUGAUCCGAUUGGCAAUUCUCCUGUAAUUAUCAAAACGGAUGUGAUUGCUAAGAUUGCUCCGACAUGGAUGAAUGUUUCUUUGAAGAUGAAAGAGGACCCAGAGACCGAUAAAGCUUUCGGAUGGGUACUAGAAAUGUAUGCUUAUGCGAUAGCAUCUGCCCUGCAUGGUGUGAGGCAUAUUCUGCGGAAAGACUUCAUGCUACAGCCCCCAUGGGAUCUCGAAACUCACAAUAAGUACAUAAUUCAUUAUACUUAUGGGUGUGACUACAAUCUUAAGGGUGAAUUAACUUAUGGUAAAAUUGGUGAGUGGAGAUUUGACAAAAGGUCACAUCUACGAGGACCUCCGCCAAGAAACUUGCCCUUACCCCCACCAGGGGUUCCUGAAAGUGUGGUGACUCUUGUAAAGAUGGUGAACGAGGCUACUGCUAACAUCCCCAAUUGGGACACUCCGUAAAUACUUUUUUUUUUCUUCCUUCAUUAUGAUAUUCAAAGUGCAUGUUUUGAAAGGAAAAAAAAAUAUAGACGUUGUGACAACAUUUUCCCCCCUUUAGUUUACUCAUAGAAUCACAGAUCAAUGUACUUCGCUGUAACCUUUAUAUGACUAUUUAAUUAGAGGACAGAUCUUUUAUU